AGACUGGCAUAUCUCAGUAAGCCAUUCAGUGCAGAGGCUGCGUCGAUAGGAGAGACAACACGAAAAAUGAAGUUUGUGGCUUGUCUUUUUUGUUUGGUCCUUCUGACCUCACUGACGGCUGAUGCAUCUCCAGUCAUCAAAGAGAGCUUCGCCAAGCAGCUCCUGCGCACCAAGAGGCAGAAGGCUGGCCACCCUGAUGAGCCCAUGAGGGAGCACAUGUUGCACAUGCAGAGACUGGAGCAGAGGGCCCGUGAGACUAACCUGGAACACUGGCUCAACCCUCACUGCUUCCCACGCUGUGACCGCAACUAUGGCUACCCGGUCUAACCGUCUGCUCUCUCACGGCGAAAACGACGAUGACUGGAAUUAAAAAAUGUAUACGAUAUGAUGCUGACGGAAAGGAGAGAAGAAGUCUGGAGCCAGUCACCUCACUCAUUGAGAUGUCCGCUGACGGGCCUCUACGGGGAAUUUGCAAUCUUUUAAUAUUGGUGUACUUUUGUCAAAUCAGCUAGCCUCUAACAGUUGUAAAUAGGCUGUAUUGGCUCUUGACCUUCAAUGUAUUUGGUCUUAGUUUUUCUUUUCUUUUUUUUCUCUCUGGGUUUAGUCUUAUUUUUUCGCUUUCUGUGAAAAUAAAAGCAUACAUUUGUAUAAUAAAAGCAUGUUAGAAAAAAAUAAUUAAUUCACCGUGUGUGUUCCACAUUUGGGCGCUUGGGUUGUUAGAAAGGACAAAGGCUAGGUCAAAGGGAACGGUUUUUUUGCAUUUGAAGAUGAAGAAAUAUUUCAGAGAGCCUUUUGCCAUUUUAGCAUACCGUCUCACAUGUUCCAUAAGUCUCUCCUGAGUCCUGACAUCCUGAAUUUGCAAAAAAAACUAAAAAUAAAUUCGAGGGCUGUAACUGAGCUAAUAAGUGCAUAUUAGGCUUUGUGUUAGGGUGGAGUAAAUAAAACUGAAACAUGCA